UCACUGUCCCUCUCGUCCACUAUUGGCUGUCAAACAAACUAUAUUGAAGUCUAUGAGGGAAAGGAAGAUCUGCCCACUAAUCGUAUUAUCCGUAUUUGCGGUGAUGACAAUCCGGCGCCCAUUCAAAGCCAGGGAAACGUAUUGCUCGUGAAAUUAGUGACAAAUGCUAACAAUACUUCGCCCGGAUUUAGAGCCCAAUACAGCUUCAAUAGUCAGGAAAUGAAUGCAACGAAACAGAUAAUGACAUCAAACCUGAGGCCACACAUCACUUCAGACGGUUCCGUGUAUUUCCCAACGGAUGGCAUACUCUUUAGACAUAAUAAU